UCGAAUGUCUUAAGUUCGAAUGUGAGCGAUAAGUAAUAGGGAAGAUUAUUGAAAAUACUCCUUAUCAUGGGAGCUUCAGCUAGCACUCCUAGAACUGUCACGGUGGACAACGAUUCACCGGUUGGUGUAAUCGAUAUUUCGGAUGGUGUGGUACAGCGUCUCAAAACUGGAAUGCCUCCGAAAGAAGGUGGUCUUCAAAAACAAAGUGCUGCCCGAGUAGACGGUAACAAUGUACCAAGCUCGUAUCCUAAUCCGCCACAGUUCUCAACCGGAUACGGCGAGCCUUCAUUAACUUCUCUUCAGAUUCGCCGGGAGAAGGAACAAGAAUUGAGAGCAAACGACAUUUACUGGGCGAAACGCCUACAAAAUCUGGAAGCCAAUUUACAAAAGUCGAACCAAAUAUUGGAGAAAGAAUAUAACGAUGCGAUUAUAAAUGUGAAAAAACGUUUCGAAAAUGUGUCAGCAAGUCAUCAAAUACCCCCGUGCCAGGAACUAAAAGCAAAAGUUAUUGAAUGCUAUCAAAAAAAUCAGUUAGAGACUCUAAACUGUUCGGCAGACGUGAAGGCUUUUACUGAUUGUGUUAACCUGAAUCGAAUUCAGCUUUUACGUGAGAAAGCAAACGCUUCCAACGAAGUGGGUAAUAAGUAGUUUAAUACAUUGACAGAUGCAUUAAAACAAAAGAGUAGAGAAGUACGAAA